GCGAGGUUCCAUUUCCUUAAAAAAAGGGAACCAAUUCUGACGGAGUUCGAGGCCAUGGGAAUGGAUGCAGGGCUGUGGGACGGGAGUAGGAAGCUCGUGGUGGACGGGUCGCUGUUCAAGGAAUGCCCUAUGUACAUGGGAUGCGACGACGACAAGAACAUCAAGGCCACUGAAAAACUGGCGGCCAACGAAAUGUUGACCCAUGAGUGGCGGAACAAGGUCGUAUCCGUGUUGAACGGCAGCAGGGCGAAGCGACAGGAGGUGACGCUCACGGAGGGCAUGCUCAACAUUCUCUGGACAGACACGGGGGAAAUGACCUCGGUAGCUCCUUUUGCCGUCGACCCCUUGGAGGCUUUGAGCCGGGUGGUUGAACUCGAGAAGGUGGUCGUGGCCACGAAGAGUUACACUUGCGUUCUCGACCUGUGCGAACCGGUCGAUCUCUCGCAGUGGCCGUCGUCUGCUUUUCAAAGUUUGAACACUCUACUCGGACAGUUAUUCCCGGGGAGUUGGACGCUGGUGGUUUUCGUUCCCCGGCAUUGGGACUUGUCAUUCAUGACAAGCCUCUGGCAUCUCUCCGUCGUUAGGGCAAUGGCUGGGAGGUGGGUGCGGCGGGCCCAACAGAAGAAGACCAUUCCCGUGGGCCACAACUGGUACUCCGUGGACGACCGCAUGUAUAUUCUCUUCAAAGGUGACGACCUUCGCGAGAACACUGCGGUCGUUUACGGCUCGAGGUUGUCGGCGGGAGACGCUGCGGUGGUGGGGGUCCAUCAGAAAGUCACUCCCACGGACAUAUCUGAGAUGCCUUUCCAUGCUUGCAAGUGGCCAUUGUCGACCACGGGACACGAAGGGAAGGUGUACAAAGAGAUGGAGCGGAACCCCGGGCAAUUGGUGAAUCUGUUGGCAUUCCUCUGCAAAAAAGGGGAAGGUGUCACGUUCAUUGGGAAACCGCAUGCGCAAGUCGUGUGGGAGGUGUUGCAAAGCGGGCGUCAUGUCGUCACGUUUGAAGGAAACUACGUCAAAAGCGAGAAGCACAUGCGACACAGGGACCACAUGUUGUCGUUGCUUGACAACUACGAUGGCGCGGAUCGGAGAAAUGCGAAGAACUUUCUCGACAGGUUGGCGGGUCUGUACUUCGAAGAGUCUAUUCAGAUCUUGAGGUACCACGACUACGCGUCGAUGGUAUCCACCGAGGAUGAGGAUGAAACGGGGAUUGUAUUUGACGCUAGCAUGACAGAGGAGGGCAGCGACACGGAGAGUCUCGACAUCGGGACCAUACAGCCCGCGGUUUUGAAGGGCGAGUGGGUCAUGGCCAUGAUCAAUGACGAUGGGCAAUGGGCGUCAUACGCGCGCCUGUCUGUGUCCGAAUUUCUGGAGUUGGCUAGGGAAAUGGUGGCAGAGAAGGUUAGGGGAGAAAAUCCCGGGGUCGCCGGGGACAACCUGUCCAUCGCCUCCACCACGGACAGACUGUUUCAAGAACUGCGCGCCAAAAGGUGGUUGGAAAUGGAAGACGCUUUCUACGACCUCGACACCAGCCCUUCGAAGGGGAAGGUCAAUUGGAAGGUGUCCCCCCCCGCGGGUGUCCCGAGGGGAGGAGGGGGGUCUGGUGGGGGGGGGGGGGGAGGAGACGGGGACGGGGGGGCGGACGGGGGAAGGGGGCAUGGAGGGAUGGGCGGAGGGGACGAGGCCACUGGGAAGGACACGACUCAAGAGGUGCAUCGCCUGACCGGCAGUGUCGUCUUCAAUGCGGGAGAUGUCGAACCCGCAGAACAGGGGACGUGCUCUGCAGAACCCGCGGGAAGAGGGGACAAGGCCACCGGGAAGUUUGCCAGGAUCCGGACUACAGUCUCGGAAAAAACAGCCUCCCUAUCUCCGACAGCCCAACUUUACGAUAUGGCGCGACGCGGCCACGACCGUUCUGGCCCGGGGGUCGAUGUUGUGGAGAAUAGCAAGUUGGACGGGAUACACAUUGCAGUCGAAAAGCGAUCAGCGACAGAGGACGGAUCGCAGACCAUGUCCGAGGCUGGAAGGCGGGGCGCUGAAGCCCUCACAUCUUUGAAGUCCACUGGCAUCCGGACUUCGACGAGCGGCUCUACUGGGGAAGCCAAUGCUGCGCCGGCAGGGGAGUCCGUCGUCGAGGGGCCGACGCAGAGUAACUUGGACAAGGCAUGUGAGACGGGUUUGUCGUGUGUUGAGAAAGCAAAAAAGGGGUCGGAGAGGGUCGGGGGGGGGGAUGGUAGAGACGACAAGCAGAUGGGGGUCACUAAAAGGCUUGAUGACGGAAGCGGUGCAGAAGGCAAUUUGAGCAGUGAGGUGGAGGGCACGGAGGACCGGGUGGAAAGUUGUGGCGACGACAAUGAUUUCACAGACGCAGGCUCCGGAGAGUCGGCCGGCGAGUUCGUCCGGUUGUACGGUGGGCGCAACGACGAGGAUGCUGAGUGCGGGACACCUGCAAUGGCCAUCKAGACGGAGCUCGCUAUCCAACUUUCCGAGGAGGGCGAAGAUUACAACCUUUCCCCUUUGCGGGGUGUUGUAGAAACCGCAGUCGAGAGCCAUGACAUUGAACUGCCGCUGAGUCCUGCGAAACCUGCAGGUCGGCUGCUCGUUGACGAGGUCGUGCNGAGGACGGGAGGGCGGACGGGGGAAGGGGGCAUGGAGGCAGGGACGGAGGGACGGGCGGAGGGGACGAGGCCACUGGGAAGGACACGACGCAAGAGGUGCAUCGCCCGACCGGCAUUGUCGUCUUCGAUGCGGGAGGUGUCAAACCAGGGGAACAGGGGACGUGCGCUGCAGAACCCGCGGGCGGAGGGGACAAGGCCACCGAGAAGUUCGCCGGGAUCCAAACUACAGUCUCGGAAGAACCAGCCUCCCUAUCUCCGACAACCCAGCUUUACGAUAUGGCGCGACGCAGCCACGGCCUUGUCGCUCGGGGGUCGAUGUUGUGGAGGACAGCAAGUUUGACGGGAUCCACAGUGCAACAGAAAAGCAAUUAGCGACAGAGGACGGAUCGCAGACCGUGUC